AAGUGACAAAAUAAACUGUCAUCUCGGACGUCUUGGGAAAAUGAUUAGACUAAUGAGCAUCAGAACAAGAGUACACAACGGACCAAAAUGUGAUGAUUUCUAGUCAAAUGAUUUGCUAGAGACUCAAGUAAAUUAGACGAAAACAUAUCCUUAAAUGGAGAGUCCAUCAUGCCUUGGGUGCUGUAUCAUGCUACAAGACCCCUACAUAAAAUGCAUAGACUGCCAGAAAGAGACAUUUUUAUGCACGCAUUGUUUUGCUGAUGGGUUAGAAAAAGAUGGGCACCAGAACAACCACGGUUACUCUGUCAUUAGGUAUGACUUUCCGAUAUUUGAAAAUGGAUGGUCAGCAAAUGAAGAAAUGAAAUUGCUCGAUGGUAUACAAGACUGCGGGCUUUCCAACUGGGAUGAUGUGUCCAAAAUGGUGCAGACAAAAACCAAAUCACAAUGUGAGACACAUUAUCUGAAAUAUUACAUCAGUAAUAUUAAGAAGCAGAUGCCAGAUCUACCUCUACCUGAAGUGUCAUACUAUCCCAGUCCAGUUAUGUUUAAAAUUAGCGAGGACCCUCCCCGACCACCACAAGGCUCUUCUAUGCAGACUGACAUGGCUGGUUACAUGUCAGCACGCGGGGAUUUUACGGUUGAAUAUGCAAAUUAUGCAGAACAUGAUCUUCGGGAUAUUUCUUUUGACGAUACAGAGGAGGACCCUUUAAUUGAUGAGGUGAAAUUGGCUGUGUUGGAUGUUUACCAAAAUUGUCUCAGAGAUCGACAAAGAAAGAAGAAAGUUAUCAGGGACUAUGGACUUAUCAGCAUCAAAAAACAUUUAGCCACCUAUAGAAGAUAUGAGAAAACGGGGAACAUGUACCCAUGUUUAGAGUCACUACAAGUUUUCACACGUAUGCUGCCACCUAUUGAGUUUGACAUGUACACCGAAGCGCUACUUCUACAAGCAGAGCUUAAGGAAGAAGUGCAACAUUUGCAAGAAUGUCGUAGAAAUGGUGUCGUAAAAAAGAGGGCAGCACGAGUCUUUAAAACCUUGAGACAAAGGCGAGAGAAAUUAAAAACAUCCCGAACAUCUUUAGAUGAUGUGUUGGUUCAUUUACAGGAUGAAGUUGCAUGUCAACAAUGGCUUCAUCGCCAGGCAACCUUAGAUCUGGCCACUAGGGGUGCUAAUAUAAUUUUACCUGCAGCACCACGACGCACAGCUCCACCAUUGGACAUUAUGGGGAUGCCAGGAUAUGAAAAACUCAAUCAGAAGGAGCGUGAGGUGUGUGCAAAUGUACGUCUAGUUCCAGAAUCAUUCUUAGAUUUCAAAGCAAUAUUGAUGAACGAAUACAAAAAGAUUGGCUACCUCAAGCUAGCUCAAGCCAGGAAUCUCAUUAAAAUAGACGUAAAUAAAACACGGAAAAUAUAUGAUUACUUAUUGGAUGAAAGUUUGAUAUCAACUACUCCAACUGCCCUGUGAUGAAUGGAGUGAUGUUUGACAAUAGGUGGCACUGAUGGUGAUAAUUAGUGCCCGAUUAUCAAGACCAAUUACAUGAGACUCGGAAAGUAUAGUGUUAUGGACAGACUCAUAUUCCUCUAAUUAUUAGCCACCAUGUCAAAAUUUUAUCACAAUUCCAUCUAUGGUAUUCCCUCUAAAUAGCGCACAUCUCCCUUUUUAUUGAUCACAUGUGAUGCAUGGAAAGUAAAAAAGGUAUACUUAUGAUAAUGACUAAUUAUAAGUAUGUAUUGAU